AUGGACGACGACGAGGCGUUCCUGUACGGGAACGACACGCCCGCUGCGCCUGUUGCGCCGGUGGCCGAGCCUAGCGCGCCGGAAUCGGCGCCCACACCCCAGCCUGCGGCGCCGGCCGCGGCCGAUGAGGAGGAGGACGAGGGGAUGGAAGACAGCGACGAAUCGGAUAUUGAGUUCAUUAUCGAUCCCAAUGCACCCGCCGUACCCCCGCCGCGCUCUGCAACCUAUGCACCGACGCAGCCGCAGUCGAGCCCUAGCAAGGCGGCCGACGCGCCGGCUGCGGCGCCGGUUGCACCAGCGCCUGCCGAGCCAGUGCCGGUGCCCAGUACGCCUGCCCCUGCCACGGAGCCGAUCGCGCCAAAGCCCGUGCCUGUGGCCGCGCCUGUGCCUGUGCAGUCUACCGCAGACCUUCCGCCCGAAGGGCCUGCCGUGCCCGCCGCAUCGACCGCGCCUGAACUCAACUUGGAGCCGAGCGCGUCUGCUUUGCAAUACCCGCCCACCGAGCCGGUAUACGACGCGGUACCCGGCCAGGACCAAAACCCUCUGACUAUAUACCAAGUCGACAUUGACUCUCUGCCAGAAAAACCGUGGCGUCGGCCUGGCGCAAACAUGAGCGACUGGUUCAACUACGGCUUUGACGAGACGACCUGGGCCAUGUGGUGUGCGCAAAAGAACCGCAUGGACCAGACGCGCACCGAUUUCACUACAAUCCUCAAGGACGGUGCGCCAGAUGCCAGCGCGGACGCGCCCUACGCGCCGCCUGACGUGCAAGACGAUGCCCAGAACCCCAUGGCGAACCUCACCGCGAUGUUUGCGCCGGGCAUGAUGGGCAUGCCCGGCAUGCAGUGGCCAAUGAUGCAAGGCAUGAUGCCCGGUGCACCUGAUGCGCCCGACGCGAUGGGCAUGAUGGGCAUGCCUCCCCAAGGCGAAGGCGACGCGGCGAAUAUGCCGAGCGGGUGGACCGGCGGCCAUCCCCUUCCCCCCGCGCCCCAAUUUGCGCAGGAAGAUGCGCGGGGGACCGAUAGCGACAGCCGCGACGCACACGGCCGCUCGCGCCGCGACCGCGGGCCCCGCUCGGGGUCACGACGCGACCGUCGGCGCCACGACGACCGCUCCGAGGAGGAUGAUGCGUACGCGCCUGAGCACCAUCCGAGUGCCCCUCGCCGCGACCGGUAUAGUGACCGGGAUGCCGAGGCGCUUGACUACGGCUCGCACGCCCCCCACGACGACGAUCGCCGGCACCGUCGUUCGCCGGCACGUCACGACGACGACCGGCACCACGACGACGCGCCGCGCGGCUCGCGUGACCGCCCUAGCCGCCGCGAACGCGACCGCCAUCGCUCCGACCGUCGCGCAGGCCGUGGCGGCCAGAAACGCGGCGCGCCAGAAGGCGACGACCACGGCGAUUACGCCGCGAAGCGCUUCCACGGCGGCCGUCCAUAG